AUGAACUCAGUGGAACGUUUAGUUCACUACAGUGACAAUAUAGAAGUAGAAGCUGAGGAUAUAAUACUAAACAACAGGCCACCACCUGGAUGGCCAGCUCAUGGAGAAUCGUUCUUUAGAUUUAUUGAAGCAACUUCUGGAAGUAUUGUAAUUGAUGAUGUUGAUAUUAGUAAAAUUGGAUUAAAAGAUCUUAGAAGUAAUAUUACUAUCAUACCUCAGGAUCCUGUACUAUUUAAUGGUACUAUAAGUGAUCUUGAGUUAUGGAACGCGCUUCGUCUUGUACACUUAAUUAAAAAUUCCAAUCCUACAUCUGAAAACGAAGGGUCAGAUAUUAUCCUUCCUAUUUCAGAUCAGACAAAUCACAAACAUGAACCAAUAAUGCUUGACUCGCCUGUCAAAGAAAAUGGAUCAAAUUUUUCUCAAGGUCAGCAACAACUAAUUGCAAUGGCCAGAGCGCUAGUUCGUCAUUCCAAAGUGAUUAUAAUGGAUGAAGCUACUGCGA